UUCUAAUAAGUGUGCGAUAGACUUCUCCAAGCUUUCUAUGGUUCUACGAAUGGCAAAACCACCCAUCGUAAACAGUUUUUGGUCAGACCCUAAUCGGUCCAUGCGUGCUUUGGGUGGCAAUCAGCUCACGUAACUUGUAUUCUAUGAAUAUACCCCCCAAACAAAUACACUUCAGAACUUUUCCAAGCGCAACAGUCACGCAAAGUACUUCACUAGCGAUGCAAGUGUACGCCCCUUUAGUCAUACUAGCCAGUGCCAUCAGUGCCGUCGCUUGCCUCCAGGAGCACCGAGUCUCCUACAAAAGCAUCCAAUCGUCAACGGGCGAAUGCGAUCUCUACCUGCCGACGGACGCUGUCCGGAAGGAUUGCGGCGUCCGUUGCGUGUCGUUGGUGAAUCGAAUUUGGAACGACACCGCCGGACGCUUGUCGGAGUCGAUCAGUCGGUUCUAUGCCGAGGGUACACAAAGUACCUGCGCUCGGGAUCGUACUUUUCAGUGUUUGAAGCAGGUCUCCACUUCGAUCCCAACUAGGAACACCUGCAAACUCGCGGAAGCAUCGGUGGAUUGCUACCGCAACAAUUACGGUCAACUGGACGUUGUGAGUCCACGCUUCGUGCCGUUCUCGGAUCUUCAGCAGGUUCAGAUCUUGUCCCAGUGCGCGGAAAUGCUAGGAGUCGCAGACAAAAUGCAAUUCGUGGUGCGGAAUGGUGUGGACAGCAUACCGGAGGGAGCCUGCCUGGUGCGAUGUCUUCUGAUGCGGAAGGGCUUGUACACGGACCGGGAUGGACCGAAUUUGGACCGCGUUUCGGUGCAAUGCGGAGGGUACGAAGGUUACGAGCAGGAAUGGCGAACCAAUGUGACCCGAUGUGUGAAGGUCGUGCAUGCCGAAGGGAUCCGCGACAAAUGUGCGCAAGCGGAGCGGAUUGCCGUCGAUUGCCUUCAGAUGCAUCUUCAUCUUUACGAGGCGAAAAAUGCUAAGGCUCGGGAGCAGAUUCCGUUCGGUAUAGAGUUCUAUACGAAUGUAAAUGCAAACGCCAAUGCGGAAGCAGGGGCUACCGCUGCAGCACGAGUCAUUACUUACAUUUUCUUGUACUACACCACUUAUUGGUGAUUAAUAAAG